AUGGAAGAACGCCCGGCUCCCGGUAGCUUUGCGUACCAAAGCGUCAAACCGGCGGUGCACUUUUUCCAACCGGCUCCCCAUGUCGAGAUCGACGACACCGAGGAAUCAUCUCUCGUGCUGCACGCGGUGCGGUUUAUGAAGCUGCUGAGCUAUGGAGUCACUUUCAGCGUGGUAUUGUUGUCUGCUGUCAUCUCAAAGUCGAGCCUUCUUCUGAUGACGUCACAAUUAUCGUAUCCUAAAUCCGGAUCCGGAUCCGUCAACCAUUCGAGACCUGUAUGCAAGGAGUGCCUUCCAGAAUUAUUUGUGGAGACAAGCGCCGCCGUUCGACCGGAUCUCGACUACACUGUCGGCACGAGCGAAACCCAAAUUAUUAUCUUCACUUGGGCGUUGCUCCUCUCUCUGUGCAUCCCGGAAUGCUUGAAGCUCCUAGCUUGCCUUAAAUCCUGUCUCUUCAAACCUCUGACAUGGCCAACGCCGAAGGUUAUGAUAGGGACGCUCUUGAUGGAGAGUAUCCAUGCUUGUGGAAGCGCCUGGUUCGUCUUCGGAAUCCUUCCUGAGCUCAACGUUCUGCACGGGGCUAUGAUUUCUAAUUGCGUGUUCAUCGUCCCCGGGGUUCUGCAAAUGAAGCAUUGGAGAAACGAGGAGGACGGCUCUUUCGAUCCGGAAUCGAUCAUCCGUUUUAUCACCCUCAUUUUCCAGACGAGUGGAUUGUUCAUUUGGGCCGCUCUGGAUCGCUCUUGGGUGACACCUCGCCUCUGGUGGAUGCCCCUCGUGCUCCUGAUGUUAUCGUGUGGAUGGUGGGAGAAUUACCUCGGCGGCAAGAACGUCAACUACAUAAAGAAGCUCAACGAUCGCAUACGGAAGAGCAAACCUGUCUUGAAUCUUAUGAUGGUCCCGAUCAGAUGUGGCAUAAUUCUCGCGACAGCAAUGAUACUGACCGACGGAAGACCCGACAUCGGGUUGGACUAUACAGCUCUAUUCACUCGAGUCAACUUGAAACUCUUCUUGAAAAACAAAGGUGUCAUCGUGCAGCCCGUCUUCCAAGAACUGAACUACGGUUCCAGCAUUUCCCUGAAGUUCGUCUCAAGAGCGUUCGCGACGAUUGGGACAGAUGCCCGCACGCCUCUGUACUUCGCUCUGAUCCACUCCCUGUCGUCAUACGUGUGCUACGCAGCUUCGACCUUCGCUUGUCAAGUCUGCAUACAAAUCUUUUCCAUGGCGUUCCCGUUGACCCUGACGGUGCCCCUAACCGUCGGAGUCCUCGGUACUCUGUGUUCGAAGCGAGCCUCCGACGCAUGCCUCCAAAUACCGGGCAUACCCUGUCCUUACUUCUUCAACUGUCCUGACAUCGUUUCCGACCAUGACCUUUUGAAUUUUUUCUUCGUGGACUACACCUGGCUCUGGCUCCUCUGGCUUCUGAGUCAAACGGUGAUUACCUUCCACAUCUGGACGACACCGGUCAAACGAGUGGCGAAAGUGAAAGACCUUUUCAUCGACUCGCUAUUUAGUCCUGUUUGCGUGGACCAAUCCAUCAUGGCGUUCCGGCGACGCAACGAUGCCACCGUCCAAAAUGUGCAAUUGACGGUUUACGGCAACGAAUUUGCGCGGGUAUGGUCUCAAGUUGACUACCAGAAUGAGAACACCGAUGCGGAUGCAGAGCUGAGAAGCGAUCCGGACAAUGAAUGGGAGAUAAACAUCGACGAAAAACCAGACGAUUUAGUUCGAAUAAUCGCUUGCGCAACGAUGUGGCACGAGACAGAGGAAGAGAUGGUCCAGAUGCUGAAGAGCAUUUUCAGAAUGGACGUUGAUCAGGGAGAGAUGAGAUGCAUUCAUCGGAUGUUUCGAUAUAGAGACCCUGACUACUAUGAAUUUGAGGCGGAGAUACUUUUCGACGACGCGUUCGAAAUCGAUAAGGGAAAGCGAGUCGUCAACACCUACGUGAAGAGCCUGAUCGACGCGGUAGAUACAGCAGCCAGCAUGAUCCAUGGGCGUAACCUCAAGCUAGAACCUCCGAGGAAGCUCAAUACCCCGUAUGGGGGACGACUCGAGUGGGUCAUGCCUGGACGGAACCGACUACUGGUCCACUUGAAGGACAAGACAUUGAUCCGAGCAAGGAAACGGUGGAGUCAGGUGAUGUACAUGUACUACCUUCUCGGCCAUCGACUCCAUGAGCUCGACCUCACGCCCCAACAGAAGCAGAUCAGAGCAAGAAACACAUUCAUCCUGGCACUGGACGGAGAUAUCAACUUCAAACCUCAAGCCGUGAAACUCCUAAUGGAUCUGAUGAAGAAAAACGACCAUCUAGGAGCGGCCUGUGGCAGGAUUCAUCCCGUCGGAUCGGGAAUCAUGGUCUGGUAUCAGAAGUUCGAAUACGCAGUAGCGCACUGGUUGCAGAAAGCCACGGAACAUGUCUUCGGAUGUGUUCUGUGCAGUCCUGGAUGCUUUUCCUUAUUCCGAGCCGAGGCUCUGAUGGCGGAUGGCGUCAUGCGCACGUACACUCAAGAGUGUAAGGAACCGCGACAUUUCAUCCAAUACGAUCAAGGUGAAGAUCGUUGGCUGUGUACUCUUCUGUUGCAACGAGGUUUCGGUGUGGAGUACAGUGCUGCUUCCGACGCUUACACACAUGCACCAGAGGCUUUCGGGGAGUUCUACACGCAGCGGAGACGCUGGGGUCCUUCAACGCAAGCCAACAUUAUCGAUCUCUUGGUUUCCGCGAGACAACUGAUAAAAGUGAAUCCGAAUGUGUCGGCCCCCUACAUCGCAUAUCAGGGAAUGCUGAUGAUCGGUAACAUCAUAGGACCUGGGAACAUCUAUAUGAUGAUCGUCGGCAGCUUCGUCACCGUCUUCUCCAUGCAGGCACUUCACGCCAUGCUAAUAAACCUGGUACCCUUGUUAGGCUUCAUCGUGAUUUGCUUCAUGUGCAAGAACGACAAGCAGAUACUUGCAGCACUGCUACUGACCUUCCUAUACUCGCUGAUCAUGUGCGCGGUGCUCAUCGGUCUACUGAUCCAAAUUAAAAAUGAGGGCCCGGCGUCCCCAUCGGGAAUGUUCACCACAGCUCUCGCCCUGACUUACGUCCUGACUGCCAUCGCGCAUCCCCAGGAAAUAACUUGCGUGUUCUACGGUAUAUUGUACUUUAUGUUGAUUCCAUCCAUGUUCCUCUUCUUGGUCGUAUACUCCGUGGUGAAUGUCCACGUUGUUGUGUGGGGAACUCGAGAAAAACCUCCGAGUCCUGAAGAACGCGCGAAACUCCUCCAAGAACAGCUCAAGAGAAAAGAGAAGAUGCAAUCCUCGAUCCUGAGACAAAUUUUGGCUUCUCUCACCGGUCGACGGAGUGAGGAAAACGACAUGAAGACAGUGAUCUCGUCGAUCAACAAUGAUCUGAGAGAAAUCAAAUCUCAUCUUCGCGGAGAAGUCGCUCUUCCGACUAUACCUGAGGUUGUAAUCGAGCCCGAGAGCGAGUCCCAGCCAAAGAGAACUCCGCGCGUAGGAUUCAAAGUGGAGUCCCACGAUGCAAAAUCCUCAGAGGAUCGGAUGCGUGAGUGGAUGACGGAUCCACAAGUCCUGGACGGACCCGUUUCAGAGCUUCCCUCGAGCGAAGAGAAAUUUUGGAGAGACCUGUUGAGGGAAUUUCUCCACCCGAUCGAGGAAAACCCGACUAAAAAAGCCGAUAUGCAGAAAAGCCUCCUGGAAUUCCGGGAUAACGUCAGCAUCGCAUAUUUCAUGUUGAAUGCUCUCUACGUCCUCGCGUUGUUUACUCUGCAGCUCCACAAGGACAGUCUCUACAUCGUGUGGCCCGUCGGAGGAACAUCGCGCAUCGUCUACAUGGUGGAGUCGAGGCAAAUCACCAUCGAUCACGAGCCGUUGAUGUUGGAUCCGAUAGGAUUGGGAUUCAUUCUUUUCUUCGCAAUCGUAAUGUUCAUACAAUUCAGCGGCAUGUUGCUACACAGAGUCGAAACAACGAAAGUUAUCCUAUCGACAGCUAAGAUAGCCGCAUCGGAGGGAGACUAUUCUGAUUUCUCGCAGCUCAUCAAGGAGGUGCUCAACGAAGCUCAUAAGAACAAAUCCUAUACGCGCCCCCGUCGGAGGAGUCUGUACGACGCAGCGGCUCCAUCCGACGAAAAUCAGCAGCUGUAUAUCGAUCAAAAGUUCGAGAACGCCCUCGAAGACGCCAUGGACAAGGGUGGGUUAGAGUUCGAUCCCUUUGCUAAGUGUCAGGGAUCCGAGCCGGCACUCUAG